AUGUCCGAUGCUAUGGCUUUGAAGACACAACUCCUCAAUAACUUUUCAAAAUUUCUUGCUUCACCGAAAUUGGUCCAUGCUGACGACAUACUCUGCGACGUAUUCAACCUCUCCGCACAUUGCCGCUACCUGCACAAAGACCCAAAAACGCUGUUCACACCUGAGGAAAGGCGACAGUUCCAUGAGAGUCUAACCACAGCGCUACCACAUCAGUUCAAUAAAAGCCUCAUUGAACACCUCUUUCUUUUGGGAGGUGAGAGUGCAGCCAGGUUCCGAAAAACCAGAUCUGGUCUGCAGUUUCUCAAAGACGACUUUAUAGCUGGAGAUAAAGAGUUGGAGGAAAAGUUUGAUCAGUUAAUGGAUGGUGGAGGAAUGACGAAUAUUGAACUGAAGUUGGAAAACUGGACUGAUGAUCCAGGCGAAUAUUACACAGGAACGAUUGGGUUGGACACAAUAGAUCUUAGAGGA